CAACCUCUCGUCCAUCCGGCCCCUCGCCCCGGCUUUCACCGCUCCUCCCAACUCCGAGAGCCGGCGGCACUGCCCCGUCCGGCCCGGUCCUUAGCGCCAUCCUCGCCUCCCUCCGUUCCCAGCCCCGCUUCCCCCUUCCCUCCCCUCCGGCUCCCUCAGCCCGCCCGCUCCAGCGCAUCAGGGACCGGCACGAGGCACGGCCGGGCGGGAAGGUGGUUUUAAUUCGCUCCUAGGGAACCGGGCCAGGGGAAGGAAGGACGGGGAAGACAGAAAAAAUAAGGGAAAAGCGGUCCCGAGGCCCAAAAGCGCUUCCCGUCCGUGACCCCUGGGCAUGCGUCACUUCCCGGCGGCCGUUUGAGCGCGGAGCCGCGGCCGUGAGGGGGUGCCCGCUCGGGGCCGGGCACAGGCGGGGAGCAGCUGCCAGCUGACUGCUGCUUGUGUGUCCCCAGCCCGUGUUUGUGACAGGUUUCACUUCUUGCUGCUGCUGGCUCUUCGCAUCGUGCGCUCAGGUACCUCUGCGAUUGCAGCUGCAGGGACUUGUCAUGGGCAGUGCUCUCCAGGAAACACCUUCCCUCGAAGGCUCUCAGUUAGAGGAUGUUGAUGCUAAGCUGUCCUUCCUACCUGAAAGGCUGAGAAAGAAGCUGCUUCCUUUUCAGGAAAAGGGCAUCAUAUUUGCACUUCAGAGAAAUGGCAGGUGUAUGAUUGCUGAUGAGAUGGGGCUAGGAAAAACAAUUCAAGCAAUUGCCAUUUCAUAUUACUAUAAAAAUGAAUGGCCUCUCUUGAUUGUAGUGCCUUCCUCUCUGAGAUACCCUUGGGUGGAUGAGAUGGAGAAGUGGAUUCCAGAACUGUCUCCAGAUGACAUUAGCAUCAUUCAGAACAAAACUGAUAUUGGGGGAAUAUCAACCAGCAAAGUGACAAUUCUGGGGUAUGGGCUGUUAACAUCUGAUGCACAGACUUUGGUAGACACUUUGUACAGGCAGAACUUUAAGGUGGUUGUGAUUGAUGAGUCACACUAUAUGAAAUCCAGAAAUGCCACCCGUAGCAAGAUUUUACUGCCAAUUGUGCAGAAAGCUCUCAGAGCUGUUCUCCUUACUGGAACUCCUGCUCUAGGAAGACCUGAAGAGCUCUUCAUGCAGAUUGAGGCACUGUUUCCAAGAAGGUUUGGAACUUGGAGUGAAUAUGCUAAAAGAUACUGUGAUGCUCGUGUCAGGUUUUUUGGUAAAAGAAGGCAAUGGGAUUAUAGAGGAGCUUCAAACUUAGAGGAACUACAUCAACUUUUAAGUGAAAUAAUGAUCAGGAGACUGAAAAAAGAUGUCCUAACUCAGUUGCCUCCCAAAAUCAGACAACGUAUUCCUUUUGACCUCCCACAAGCUGCAGCAAAAAAUCUGCAUGCCACUUUUGCAGAGUGGGAGAAAUUAAUGAGAAGUCCAAGCUCAGAUGCCACUGAACGCCACUUUUCUGAGGCCAUGAGUCUGAUCACACGCAUGUACAAAGAAACAGCCAUUGCCAAGGCAGGAGCAGUCAAGGACUACAUCAAAAUGAUGCUUGACAAUGACAAACUGAAGUUCCUGGUCUUUGCCCAUCACCUGAGCAUGCUGCAAGCCUGCACAGAGGCAGUGAUAGAGAGCAAGGCUCGCUACAUCCGCAUAGAUGGGAGUGUUCCCUCUGCAGAGAGGAUUCACCUCGUCAGUCAGUUCCAGAAGGACCCAGAAACAAGGGUUGCUAUUUUGAGUAUUCAGGCAGCUGGUCAGGGUUUAACAUUCACUGCUGCCACUCACGUUGUGUUUGCUGAAUUGUACUGGGAUCCAGGCCACAUCAAACAAGCAGAAGACAGAGCACACCGCAUUGGGCAGUGCAGCUCUGUGAACAUUCACUUCCUGAUUGCCAGAGGAACCAUGGACACCCUCCUGUGGGCGAUGCUGAACCGCAAGGCCAAAGUCACAGGCAGCACCUUGAAUGGCAAGAAAGAGAAAAUGCAGGCUGAAGAGGGUGAUAAGGACAAGUGGGACUUUUUGAGUUUUGCUGAGACCUGGACUCCAAAUGAAAGUCUAGAAGAUCUCCAAAAUGAACUUUUAUUUACACAUUUUGAAAAGGACAGACAGCAUGACAUACGUUCCUUCUUCUCCCCCAAAUCCUCCACGGAGAAGAAACGCAAAAGAUUUUCUGGUGAUGAAUUGUUAUAUAAUGAUUCAGAAUCUUCUGCAGUCACAAAAGAAGAGGAUGCAGAGAAGAGCAAUGAAAACCUGGAUUCCACAAGAAUAAGUGAGGUGGUGACAAUUUGUGAUGAAGAUACUUGUGAACAUGAAGUCAAAAGAGCAAAGAGCAUAAAUGGAUCAACCCCAGUCAGCUCCAGUAAUAAAAAGAAAACAUCUUUGACUGGAAAAAAGCCUUCUUUGUUUUCAGAAAAAAGCAGUGAACUCCAUCCUUGUGGCUUAAAUACUUCAAGUGAAAGUAGAGCUUUAAAUAAAGCUUGGCACUGCAGUGCUUGCACUUACAUUAACAAUGCUCUGCUGCCUUACUGUGAGAUGUGCCAUUUGCCCCAGAGCAGGGAUGGUGAGAGAAAUGGUGAAGCUCCCAGGAGCCAGACUGAGGAACGAGUGUCAGAGGAGUCCAGGAAUGAUGGAGAGAGAGCAGAGGGCAGUGCUGAAAGCAGGAGAGGAAAUCUGGGGGAAUUGGGGGCCCAUCAGUCUCUUGAAAUCAGAGAACAGGGCACUGAAAAGGAAGAAAAUGAAAAACAAUGUGGAGAAGAUAAAUCAGACACAUCCCAAAUAUAUGAUGGACUUAUGUUUUGUGCAAGCAGGAAUACUGAUAGAAUCCACCUCUAUACAAAGGAUGGUGAACCACUGAAUCAUAAUUUCAUUCCAUUGGACAUUCAGCUGGAUAACUGGGAAGAUUUACCAGAGACUUUCCAGAAUAAAAAAAAUCGUGCAUUGAUUCUGAGGUUUGUGAAAGAAUGGACUCAUCUAACAGCCAUGAAACAGAGGAUUGUCAGAAAAAGUGGUCAGAUAUUCUGUAGUCCCAUCCAUGCUGCUGAGGAAUUAUCUAAAAAGCAGUCAGUGGGCAGCAGCACAAAGAGGUAUGUGAGCAGGGAGGAUGUGGCAGCAGCCUCGCUCUCCAAGGCCAGCAGCAGCGGGGGCAGCGUUCGCCUCAUCUCCAAAGGCAUGGGGGCUUCUCUGGACAAAGGUGCUGCUCCUGAACCAUCCACAAAAUUGCUUUCAGAACCUGGAAAUGAUCCCUCAGCCCUUCCUCCAGGGCAGGCUGACACCAGAGGCUCCAAAGGGUACCUGCAGGCCCUGGACAGCCAGGGGACCCCUCUGUGUCUCAGCUGCCAGCAGCCAACAGCCGAGUCGCUGCCCGGCUGCGCCUGGGACACGCGCUUCUGCUGCCACGCCUGCCAGGAGGAUUUCUCCAUCCGCUCCAGCCAGAGCUACCUGCGCUCCAAGGUGUUCCAGAUCGAGCAUGGUGUGUGCCAGAGCUGCCAGCACAAUGCCCAGGAGCUUUAUCUCAGCGUCAGGGAUGCGCCCAGGAGCCAGAGGAAGCAGCUUCUGGAGAGCUCUUGGAUGUCUCACCUUCCCCUUGGGCAGCUGAAUGAGAUGAUCAGGAGCCCGGCGGAGGGGCAGUUCUGGCAGGUGGAUCACAUCCAGCCCGUGUACAGUGGAGGAGGACAGUGCUCCCUGGAGAACCUGCAGACCCUGUGCACAGCCUGCCACAGAGAGAGAACUGCAAAACAGGCCAAGGAAAGAAGCCAGCUGAAGAGAAGGUCUUUAGCUACAAAGUAUGGCUCUGAUAUCACCAAAUUUUUGGUGAAGAAGUAAAAUGCACAGUACAUUCAGGUACACUGUAAUUUAAACUAAUAUAGUUAGUUUUCCUCUUGCACUGACUUAACAGAAAGUACUGUAUCAUGCUGUUGGUAGAAGAAAAUAAGGAAUUAAACCAAAGAAAUCAUCUGUAACAUCCAAACUACUUGAUCAUGAUGGUUUUUUAUGGCCCUGGUUUAAAGCUGAAUUUCUGUGUGUAACUUUUAUGCCAUUUUGAACCAUUAUGGUUUCUUCUUGCAGAGCAGUUAGGGCUGCAAGAAUUUAAGAAAGUUCCUUCAUGGACCUAGAAGAUGUCACAGUUUUAAUUCUAUUUGUUUUUCACAUACCAAAACUACAGAAUAAAAUACAGCCAUCAUGUCAAAAACUAGUACAAGUGAUUUGUCUCCUCUAGUGCUGCUCACUCACUGAAGGCUGACUCUUGACACGGGCCUCGCUUACAGGACUUUGGCAUUUAGAAUUGAUGGCAGUUGAAUUCUGGUUUUACUUAAACCAGCUUGUAUUGAAAUGUUACUCAGGAUAGGAAAUAUUAAAUAUUAGCAAUUAUCUCAUCAAGGUGGUUUCUGGGAAAUGCUACAGUCAAAUUCUCUUUAACAAGACUGCAGAGAUGCUGGUAAUUUUGGACUGCUUACCUGGCUUGUUUUACAGUUACUUUAAAUAAAUACAGUUCUUUUUUGGCUGGUGAUUUUUUUAAUGCUUUGUCUCUCUUCACCCCUUCAAUGCUGAGUUGUAAGCUCAUAAAGCAGAGCUGUGCAUAACACAUCAUCUGACAGUGCAGGGCUGCAAUUUCAACUACAGCUACUCAAAAUUAGCUGAGUUACACUUCUGAGAAAAAUCCUUAAAGUUGUAACUCUUGAACAGAGAAAGAGACUGUUUAAGACAAGGUAGUUGCAUGAGUGCACAGUUUUCUACAGCUGACUAAGAGGCCUUUAGCUGUGUUAAUGAUGUUUGUGGUGUCUGAGUAUGGUAAAGGAAUCAUCUCUCCAGCAGUUUAAAUGAUCAAGUAGGAAUAGCCUGAUAACCAAGUAUGAGAGACUUUCAAGUUUCUACAGCCUUUACAAAGGCCACACUGCAGUGUAAUAUUGAUUAGAGGAGGAAACCAACAGUAUUGAGGAAGAAGCUUAACCUAAAUUUUACUUAUCAGUAAAUCAGGAACUGACUGGUGUAAUUAAUUUUAAAGAAGCCACACGGUUAAACAGCAGAUGCAGGUGUUUAUUUACUUACCCCUGUGUCUGAGGAAACACACAAGCUGCCUGGAGAACAAGGUCUGUGACAAGAUUUUACCUUGUUAACUUUUCUUCAUCCUGAAAAAUGUAUCUUUGCUUCAUUGAACUUUACGUGAGGAAAAGACUCGGAUUCCUGUCCCCUCAAAGAAGUUUUAGGGUAACACCUGGGAUCCUGCUACUAACAGCAGAACUCAGCUUUCUGUACUCAGUGUAGUCACAAUGUCCUCCCUGGGUCAGAGCAUGCAAAGAGGGCAUGUAAAAACAUGGGAAUACUGAGAGCCAACAGUAUGUUCAUGUUUAUUGAGUAAUGUCCACAAUACUGCAGCUGUUUGUACAUUGGUAAAGUAAUGCUGAUCUGCUGAUUCUCACUCAAACAGAUGGAGUGGUCACUGUAAAGCAACAUUGGCACACGUGAGGUGAGGAACCAGAGGUGACAGAGCUGUCCCCUCCUCUCCCAUUGAUGACAGGGCGUGCAGGGAAAUCACCUCGGUAAACACCAGGGAGUUGCUCACAGUGAAACACCUCCACGGUGUCAUUUCCAUCAGCUUUGGCCCUUGCACACAGGGAAGGAUAUAAAGUAUCCCACUGCAGGCUGUCAGACUCACUCUUCACUUAGUUCUGUGCAGAUCUGGACAACCAGGAGAGUUUAGCACAAACUAGAGCAUGAACUGUACACUUUAAAUAAAAAUAAGGAUAUUUCAGAAGCACUUGAAACAGUGAUUAACCAAAAAAUACUGGGCUCUGUGAUUAUGAUUAGUAAUAAAUAUAAAUUACUUAAUGUUUCUAUAUAUCAAUUUAAGUAGACUAACGUCACUUGAUAAAGUCUGAUCCUGAAGUGUAAAGCAGCACGUUCUGCACGAAUUUCAACAUGAAUAUUUGCACACAGCCCAUUCAGGUCCGUAAUUAAGCUAA